GAGCCUUGGAAUGUGCCUGGACACAGCUGCACAUCCCAGGAUAACCCUCUGGAGCUCUGGGGGAGUGUGGCUGCUUUGGUUGGACAGGAACCCUCAAAACUUCUGGAACCUUCACGUUUCCUGUCUGGAUCCGUUCAGACUCCACGUGCACUCGCUGUUUUCCCAGCUCUGUCCUUGCUCUUCCAUUCCCUUCGUCCCUGGAGCAGCCUCCUUCCCUUUGGUGUUUGUUUUCCUGCCCUUCUCUCCGGGCUGGGGAGGGCUCCAGGAGCAGGAGGUGUUUGCUGGUGCUUGGAGUGGCUCCAGGGCUUGGUGACAGGGGGGGAGGACAUCCCCUGGUCCCUGGCUGGUGUGGGAAUGAUCAGGGAUGAUCCUGACGAUUUUCCCUCAGUGCAGAGCUCCUUUCCUGCUUCCCCUCAGCUCCUUUUCCAUUCCCUCAGUUUCCAGCUCCUUUCCUGGAAGAGCUGUGGCAGUGCUUUGGGGCUGGAGCUCUCCAAGCAUUUCUCCUUUUGGCAGUGGGAGCAGCAAACAAUCCCCAGCCCCUUCCCAGCUGCUCCUGUGAGUGCUCUCCCCUCUCCUGGGCUGGCAGCAUUCCCUGGAGCCACACAGCAGCUCAGGGAGCCCACCCAGGGAAAAGCCAUUCCUUGCCCUUGGAAUUCUUUAUCAAAGCACCCCAAGCAGCACAUUUUGCUUUUAUCAUUAUUUCCAUAAAAGCCAGCUCAGGUCUAAUGUUCCUUCAUUAACUGGGGGGCUGCAGAGGACAAGUCAUUCCGUGUUUUUAAAGGUUAUGUUCCCUCUGUGCUGAAAAACUCCUGGAAACUGCAUCCUCCCACAUCUGUUUCUGCUCUGUCUCAGCAUCUGUGAGGGAGUUAUCCUUCAGAAUUGUUCCUGAAUUUAGGGAAGGAGAACAGCAGCUGCUGCUCAGUUUGUCAUGCUGGCAGGGAGGGAAAGUUCCAGAUCGCUGAGAGUUGGGGAAGGACAGAGCUGGGAUCCCACGGCUGCUCCCAGCACAGGAAAAAGCCACAAAUGAAUACAACACCAGCGAGGACUGGGGGCUUAUCAUGGAUAUUUGUGACAAGGUUGGGAGCACUCCCAAUGGAGCCAAGGAUUGCCUUAAAGCCAUCAUGAAGAGAAUGAAUCACAAAGUUCCCCACGUGGCUUUGCAAGCUCUCACAUUGUGUUUCUGCUGUCAGCUUUUAGGAGCCUGUGUGUCAAACUGUGGGAAGAUAUUCCACUUGGAGGUGUGUUCCCGGGAUUUUGCCACUGAAGCUCGAGCCAUAAUAAACAAGGCUCACCCAAAAGUGAGUGAAAAGCUAAAAACCCUCAUGGUGGAGUGGUCAGAAGAAUUCCAGAAGGACCCACAGUGUAGUUUGAUAUCUGCAACCAUCAAAUCCCUGAAGGAAGAAGGGGUCACUUUUCCUGCAGCAGGAUCCCAGGCUUCCACCAGUGCUGCUAAGAAUGGCUCCUCAUCCAGUAAAUCCAAAGAAGAUGAGGAUAUAGCUAAAGCUAUUGAAUUGUCUUUGCAAGAGCAGAAGCAGCAGCAGAUGGAGACCAAAUCCUUGUACCCACCUGCAGAAAUGCCCCAAAACCCCCAGAGCCUGAGGAAGGUGCGAGCUCUCUAUGACUUUGAAGCUGUCGAGGACAAUGAGCUCACCUUUAAAAGUGGAGAAAUUAUUUUUGUUUUGGAUGACAGUGAUGCCAACUGGUGGAAGGGGGAGAACCACAGAGGAGUGGGGCUGUUCCCGUCCAAUUUCGUCACCUCCGACUUGUCUGUGGAGCCCGAGGCAGCAGCUGUGGAUAAAAUCUCUGUUCCUGAGGACACUGCAGAAGAAAUUAAGAAAGCAGAACCUGAGCCAGUUUAUAUUGAUGAGGAUAAGAUGGAUAAAACUCUGCAGGUGCUUCAGAGCAUAGAUCCCACGGAUUUAAAGCUUGAUUCUCCAGAUCUUCUCAACUCAGAAGAUAUCUGCCAACAGAUGGGUCCAAUGAUAGAUGAAAAACUAGAAGAGAUAGAUAGGAAACAUUCCGAGUUAUCCGAGCUGAACGUGAAGGUUCUGGAAGCUCUGGAGCUCUACAACAAACUGAUGAAUGAGAGCCCCAUGUACUCAGCCUACUCCAAGCUCCAGCACCCUGCACAAUUCCCACCCACCUCCUCUGGAGUCUCUGUGCAGUCGUAUCCUGUGCAGCCUCCCAGCGGGAAUUACAUGAUCCAGGGGGUGUCCAUGUCCCCAGGGUACAGCCUGGCCCCGGAGCAGGUGGGCCAGGUGAGGUCUCUGCCUCAGAGCAUCAACUCUGCAGCCACUCAGCCACCUCCAGCUGCUUAUUUAAGCCCCGGCCCCGAGCCCGCGCUGCCGCAGCCCUUCCCGAGUGUCCCCAGCGUCACCGCCGCCUUCCCCCAGCACCAGAUGGGCGUGGCCGUGGACGUGGCAGCGUUCCAGAGCAACCAAGCACCAGGUUAUCCCGUGGCACUUCCUGCUCAUUCCCUGCUCCAGCAGCAGCCAAAUUUCCAUCAGCAGCCUCUGCUGUGAACAGCCGGGACGGAGGAGUUCCAGGCCGGCGGUCUUUGGGAGUCCCUGCCGUGGAUGUCAAAGUCCAUCUUCCUCUCAACUAGCCCAGCUCGCUGCGUUAGGGUGGUGCAAAGUAAAAAUAGGCACCAGCUCUGAUGGUUAUUUGCAUUUUUGCAUCCUGAACUAGAUUAGGGGAUGGUUUAAAAUAAUUCCCCAUUCCUCCGAGUCCCUUUUUUUUUCCUCUUUCCCUGCGCUUUCAGGAAACGUCACUUGUGAAUCUUUGAAAGAUUGUCCCAAAAUAAUUCUCUUUGCAAUGUGUUUCUGGAAGCUUGAGGAUGCCGAGAUGCUGUUGCUUUGCCUCCUCUGGUGUCUUCUGUAAUCCUUCUGUCCCAGUGGCUUUAGGGAACCUCUGCACUUGGGAGUCCCCUUCCUGAAGGACGCGCCGCGCAAUCCGAGGGGUCCCUGGCUCCAGCUGGAAGAGGAAACUCUGCCCCUCAGGACCACAUCCCUGUGGAAAUAGGAGAAAAAGAGGGGUUUCACAAUGCUGCCUCUGUGUUUUGGAAAACACAGAGAAUUGCAGUGUUUUUUCUUGAGGAAAACAAGUUUUCCUCCAAUUCCCCAGUGGCACUGCCAGCACGAGGAAGAGCAGGCAGGGGAUGCUCCAGGUGGAUCCAAGGUGCUGAGCCAGGAACUCACAGGAUCUCUCUUCAGUUCCCCUUUCUGGAUGGAUGUAGAAGUGAAGGAGCAUUGGAAUUCCUGUGGGAAAGGAGGGGCUGGAGAACGUUUGAAGCUGCUGAAGCCUCUGAGGAUCUGUUCCCUUUGCAAGGGGAGCUGAGUGGAACAGGAACUGUCCUGAUGGGACCAGGGGGUUCUGCCUCUCUUGGAUUUCCUUUCUCUGCCACUGUGUCCAUGUCUAAACUGCCCUGAGCCCAGAGGAGCUCCUGCACCACUGGGAAAGGGGGGUUUGAGGCCAUCCCAUGUGCUGGAAGGUGGGAUUGGGCUCCUGUGCACAGGAAAUCCAGAGCCUUUCCCUGGGGGAGGGAUUGCCUCAGAGCUGGCCAUGAGUGGCAGCUGGGGAGAAAAGGAAUCCAAGAAUUUCUUCCCUGAUGCACUUUUUGUAGGGUGGGGUUUGUCCAAGGGAGCACAUGAGCUGGAUUAUCCUUUCGGAAUGUGGGAUUUCUUUCUUUUUCUUCUUUCAGCUGCUGAACAAAAAAAUCACUUCAUCCUCCUCCUGCUCACUGGAGCAUGGUCACAUUUAUCCUGCUUUUAACCACCUCUGCUGAGUGAUAAUCCUUGGUUUGGGGAAAUAAUGGAAGCAAAUUAGUGAUAAAAACAUUUCCAUUAAAUGCAGGAAGCUCCCAGAUGUCUAAAUAAGCAUUUUUAAUGUACAAACUUCAUCCCAGAUUGGAACUCCCAGGCUGCUGAGGGACAAAACCCACCCUUUGCUCAGCACCUCCUUUUAUUUAAUUAUUUGCUAUCUUGACCUUAUAUUUGCAGCCUCAUGCUCAUGCAAAAAGUGCUCUUUAAAUCACUUUUUAUUUAAAUGUGUGCAAUUGGAAGGAGGAUUUUAUCUUUCCUUUGGACAUGACUUUAAUUUGUCUUGAUCCUUUCCCUGGAAGUGGCUCAGUACAAAUAACACACGUGGCAAUACUGAAGUGUUUUGAUAACUUGUUCCUUGUGUCUCUUGAGGAAAUGAAUUUAUUUCAAUGCUGCUGUUCCAAAUCCUUAUUGUUUGGAGCUUUUAUUUGUCAGAGUUUACUUUGUUCCAAGUUGGUUUGGGGUAGAACUGAACCUUGCUCUUGUUGCUAUGAAUUCUCCAUGUUUGUUAGAAAAUUUAAAUUGGUGUUUUUUUGGGAUUCUGAGCUUUGGGCCAAGAGAGAUCUUCAAUUGAGCCAGCCAGAUGUGAUUUGAUGAUGUUAAUUGUUAAGUAUAAAUAAUGUAUAUACUCAUUUGUCUGAGAUUUUCUACACAGCUCCACACAUGCCUGAACUUUUAUAAAAGCAGGAUUUGUCCUUCUGUCACCUCUUCUACUCCUAACUCUGUGAUAUGCAACUUGUAGAUAGUGUAAAAUAAUUUAAUUAUUAUUAAAGCAGUGUAUUUAGAGGGGGUUGGUGUUUCUCUUCAUACUUCUAGACAUGAUCAUAUUUAUUUUUAAGGCCUGAUUGUAACUGAACAUGCUGCCAAAGGAUUUCUCUAACUCCAGAUUUCUACCUUAGGUUUCUACCUGCUGUUUUCUAUCAGGAAUUCAGGGUGGAGAACUCCUGCUUUUUCAUAUAAACCCUUAACAUAGGAACCUUUCUAAUGAGACUUUCCAUGUGGUAUGUUUGUUUCAUGGGUGUUCAGUGUCACUAUCAGAUCCAUUUCCUUUGGUGUGAGCUGGGGACCUGUUGUGUCUGUUCAGUUUGUCACCCCAGAGUGCUCUGAGGGUUUGUCUCUCCAAUUGGCUCCAGAAAUAAUGUUAAAAAUCAGAUUAUUGAAACCUUC